UAUCAGGGUGUGUUGUUCAGUCAGAUCAAGGUGUCCACGAAGUACAGCAAUUAUUGGACAACAAUAGCAACAACAACAAAAAAAGUCUUCAGAUCGCAGAAAUAGAAACAAACGACAGCUUCUGAUGACUAUUGACACUGCAGAUAUAACUUUGUUUAAACUUGAAUUGUGCGAGAGAGGUGACGGGUUCGGGACCCUGCUUAUGAGCUAUUUUUGUGGUUAAGAAUUUCUGUCUUUGUUCUUUAAGAAUUGGACUUCGGUUUUGGGUUUCUGUUGUACAAACGAUAUCCAGCUAUCAUGAGUGCCGUGCAUGAAGGCGUAUUUUUGUCUGCUCUCCAGCCCAAUACUCCUGUAUCAAGCUAUGCACUGCCCUCUGAGAUCCAUCUUGGACAUGGGGCCAGCGGCUACGACCAGAUCUCAAAAAGCCAGCGUGUGCAGGAUCAAGUGCGAAUGCGGAUGAUCCAGAACAAAACGGGAGGCUUGGCCACCGUCCCCAGGGCUAAUGGCAGUAUCCAAAACAGCGCGUCCUCAGAAUACCGAAUGUCUUCCGGAAUGAAGUACGCCACAGUAAACCCUGGAUUCAGCUCCAAGUCUCACAUGUACUCCAUGGAGAGGAAAGUCGCAGGGCCGCCUGUGUCUCAGUACGGCACAGCCAGGGCUGGUGGCUGGAGCUCACGCUCGGCUGUGGAAAUUGGUCCCAACAGGCAGAUGAGCCUGGGAGGGAGAGGAGGAGGAGGGGGCAGCAGCGUCUACACUCGAGGGAGGGAUGACAUGGGCUACAACUACCAGUCCAGCCAGUCCACCAUUCGCAGCAUGAGCAGGACCCAGCAAGACGUUGACGUCAUGUCCAUGCGCUCCAUGCAAGUGAACAACUCGCCAGCCCAGGCCCAGCCUUGGGUGGACGACGGGGAGGGCAGCAUGAUCUCCGACCACUACGCGGGAGGAGACGGCUACGAUUACUCCCAGGUCCGGAUGGUGUCCAGGAACGCCGGGGGCAGCGCAAUGGGCACCAUGAGGAGGACGCUAAGCGGGAACCUGGCCAGCAGGAGUGGGGACUGGCAGGAGGAGGAUCAGCUGUACCUGAACAACGUGAAGCCCCGAGGUCCAGCCAUGCGCACACUGAGCCGUCUGAACCAGAGCUCUAGCCGGCAAAACAGAAUGAGCAUGGGCUCCAUUUCCGGGAGCAGCACCAUACAGCAGCAGAAAAUGGGUGGGGGAAACUACACCCAGUGCUCAAACGGGUCCUAUGGCAGUCUGCCGAUUACCAGGGCCAUGUCCACCGUGAGUCUGAAGAGCAUGACAAAGGGAGUGGACACCUUCGAUGGGCAGGAGCACAUCAGUGUUGGAAGGAAAAUAAGUGGUGGGUUCAGUGAUAUUGACAUGCACUCUGCUGUUGAAUACCUCGCUGCUUCUGACCCAGCACUGCAAGUUUUGGGAGCUGCAUACAUCCAGCAUGAAUGUUAUAACAGCACUGAUGCCAAAAAUCAGGCACGCUCCCUGAAGGCAAUCCCACGACUGGUGAGGCUGUUCAACUACCCGAACCAGGAGGUGCAGCGCUACGCCACGGGGGCCAUGCGCAACCUCAUCUACGACAACAUGCAGAACAAGACAGCGCUCAUCGAGGAGGGCGGCAUCCCACAGCUCAUAGAGGCCCUGCGUGAGCCCGACGACGAACUGCGCAAGAACAUCACGGGGAUCCUCUGGAAUCUGUCCUCCAAGGACAAUCUGAAGGACAAGCUGGCCAGCGAGACCCUGUCUGAGCUGACAGAACGCAUUCUGGUGCCCCUUUCUCAGUCCGACAUUCAGCAGAGUGCCUCUGAGUCUGAGAUCUUCUACAACACCACCGGCUACCUCAGAAACUUGAGCUCAGUGAACGAGAAGGUUCGCCAGCAGAUGCGGGAGUGCAGGGGGCUGGUGGACUCCCUGGUCAGCUACAUCCAGCGCUCUGUGGAGACUGGCAAGACAGAGGACAAGGGCGUGGAGAAUGCGGUGUGCACCCUGCGCAAUCUCUCUUUUCAGCUCUACACAGAGAUCCCACCCUCUGCGUCCAUGCGGCUGGAGGGGCCGCACCGCGGACAGGACAAGGGGCAGGGUGACGUCAUCGGCUGUUUCAACCCCCAGAGCAAAAAAACCAAAAAGAAGCAGAUCAAUGAUCAGCUGACGUUCUCCGAGGUGGCCAAGGACCCCAAGGGCAUGGAGUGGUUGUGGCACCCCCAAAUCGUGGGCGUGUACAACAGAGUCCUGCAGCGCUGUGAGAUCAACAGCAGCACGCGCGAGGCAGCUACCGGGGCACUGCAGAACAUCACGGCUGGGGACAAGAGGUGGGCUGCUGUGCUGAGUCGGGUAGCCCUGGAACAGGAAAGGAUCUUGCCGACCAUCCUGGACAAUCUGAGAACGAACAACGACCAGGAGCUGCGCUCGCUGACCGGCUUCUUGCGCAACCUGUCCCGCUACGCCCGCAACAAAGACGACAUGGCAACGAAGGUAGUGAACAACUUGCUGCUCAAGCUGCCUAGCGACAGCAGCCAGACGGAACCCUCCAGUGAUGUCAUCAUCAACAUCUGCGCCGUUCUCAAUAACCUGGUGAUGGGGAGCUCAGUGGCGGCCCGGGACAUUGCCUUCUUCGACGGACUUCAGAAACUUGUGCCGAUCAAGAACAACCGGAACAGUGCCUCCAGAGAGAAGGCAGCUAAGGCAGCCGCGACUGUCCUGGGAAACAUGUACCACUACAACAAACUGCACCGCAACUACAAAUUGAAAGGAUUUAGGAAAGAAGAUUUUGUCGAUACCAGCAUCUGAGUUUUUUUUCCUCUUAUUUUGUUACUUUUUGUGCUCUGACUACUGGGUGACAAAAGACUUUUUUUUUUUUUUUCAUAUAAAAAGCUUGCACUCCAAUCCUUCUCCUCUUUUAUAAGAAAAAUAAAAUGAAAAGAAAAAAGAAAAACAGAAAACUGCCUCUAACGGUUUCUAAUGUAUAUAGAACGCUUUGUGUGUGAUCUGUGGAGAACCAGCACAAUGCACUGUACUUCUACAUGAGAAACACCAGCGUAGUUUCAACUAAGACUUCUGCAAGCACUGGAAAAACCAGCUUCCGAGACCCCAGCACAGCUCCAAAACAGCCGCUAAAGAUUCAGCACCAGCAUCUAUCGCCCAGUCAAGCCCCAACAAGGUUACGCAUUCAUAGUUUGUCUGAAUUAAGUUUUAUUAUUGCAGUAUGGCUAAUAUUUCAUUCCAUUUAACACCUCCUAUUCACUUUGUUUUCUUUCGUUGGAAUGUUUAAAUUUAGACAUGGUGCACUGAGUGGCAGAAUGUUGUAACUGAGGAGGAUCUUAAAGGGGAAGUCAAAUAAGAAUCUGAUAACAAUUUGUGAAACUUGAUCACUAUCAGUUACAUGUGUCGCUGUGUUCUAUUACACAUUAGGUAGGCAGGCAGGUUUUAGAGAAUAAAAACCUGUAUUCUAUAAAAAUUGAUAUAAUGCAGAUAUAAUGUAUACAAAAGCUUUAAUUUAGGUUCAGUGGUACCCAUAGACCAGGAUGUAUAGAUCACAAGAACAAUGGACAAGAACUUUCAGGACAGACUUUUUGUAUGACUGAGUGCUGACCGAUCAGGAAUAAAUUCAAACAUCCUUCCCAGAUUGUAAAACUAUUUCAUUGGGGGGUGGGGGUGGGGGUUGUAUUCUUUUGUAUCGUGUAUAUUCAAAUGUUUUGAUUAAGAUAAUGUAUAAUAUGGUUGGGGUGCCUUAUAUCACUAGAGAAUUAGUACCUUAACACUUAAAUCAAUUGUCAGGAUUUCAAGAGCAAUUACAAAUAACAUUGUAUUCAACCCUAGCAUUUAUUGAUUGUGAAUAGGCUUUGCAAAGUGUGUGUUGCAAAUGUACAGAAUCCCCUGAGGGAUUUGAGAAUCAAACAGGUGCUUCAUUUGAAUUCCCAUUCUCAAAACUUUAAGAAUUUUUUUUAAUAAAUGUUUUUUUGUCAACAUUCUCCGAGUGCUUCGAAAUUUGAGAAUGAACUUCUAACCUUCCCCUAAACAGCUGAAAAGUGUUUAACGAAUUGCAAACUUGUUUUGAUCGCUUAAAACUGGUCCUUAAAAAAAAAAAAAAGUUCCUUCUCGAGACAUUCCUUAAGUGUUUGUGAAUUGGUUCAACUAAGUCACAUUCACACAGCCUUGUUUUAAUUAAAUAAAUAGUUUGAUGUUCAUGAGCAUGUUCGAGGCUCCUGUUGACUCAUUAGCAACAAUCUGGGAAAGUUUUAUGAAAAUCAAAUUUGAUGUAAUCAAAACACUUAAAAGAAAAAGGGGCUGAAUUCUCAGAGCUGUUGACUCCAAAUCGUCAUUCACUAUUUUAUUUUCAAAGAUGAGAAAUGCACCCAAUAGAGUUACCAAACCAGAUCACAAAUAAGACUUUUAACUUCAGAACUUGUAAGUUGUUUCUUGUUCAUUUUGUGACAAUUUGGAGUAAAUAUCUUCGAGAAUCCAUCUCAGAGCUCAAAGCUUUGUGAGUUGGGCCCACGAGCACUUAAAAUGAAGUCUUGCUUGUGUUCCGCUCAGCAGAAUAAUUCGUUUGCAAUAUUAAAUUGAUUAUGUUUUAUUCUUGUAUAUAUUGAGCAGGUAGUUGACUGGUUUAGAUUGGUCCUUCUCCCUCUCUUGGGUGGGACUCUUCUGGAGGUAUGAGAACUUAAUCCCGAAUUCACUAUGCUCUCAGGAGCACUGUGGGUACACCCCAGUGUACUGUUUGGGACAGCUGUAGGUUUGUACUACUGAAACCGGUAUUUUACAAGAAGAUGAUUCUGUCUUAAUUAAAACGUUGUUUCUUUUACUGGCACCAAUAUUGAACAUUUUAUGAACGUUUGAAUGCUUGGUAUAAUUAACUCCUGCAUUUCUAGUGGCAUAACCCAAUGUACAGUGACUAAUAGACGCAUUAUUACAGUAAAGUCACUAUGUAACUCCCUGUAUACUGUGUGUGUUAUUGGCAAGGCCCUUUGUGAUUUCACUGUAAUUAAUGCCAUUUGAAGUGGUGUCACAAAACUGGCUGCUAACACAUACAUACCUCACAGGUCAAACCAGGAACUCAAUGGAAGAGACAAUAUUUAAACUGAAGUGCCUUUAUAUUAUAAUGCCCUUUUUCAUGCUGUUAUUCGACAGUGUGUGGAUUGCAUGAAUUGCCCUUUAAAUGUAUUCAGAGAGUCCUCUGUGUGCUGUAUAACUCUCAUAGCUGUUUGCAUUGUUCACAUAAAACUGCAGCGUUUCGGCAGUGUGUGUUGAGUACCACGCUAACAAUGGAAAGAGUGCUAUGUUGCUUGAUCUGUACUGCUUUCAAUAAAUGGGCUUGGAGGAGA